AUGGUCUCCGCACCACGACGUGGAGAUAACCCAGGCGCACCCUCGCCUCCGCGGGCUGUCUCUUCGACCCAUUCCUCCGUCGCGACGGGUACGGGUCCUCUGGAAUUCAACACAGCUGCUCCUACUGGUGUGGUCAUCACGUCUGCCCCCCCUCUCGUGUCUGGCUCGAACAUCGUCAUUACUUCCUCCUCCCCCACUCAGUCGACGUCUUCCACUCCCUCCCCAUCGGAAACCUCUGCAGCUGCCUCAUCUGCGUCCAGCAAGUCCCAACUCCCCAUCGGGACUGUCAUCGCUGCAUGUGUUGGUGCGUUCAUCGGGGUCGUGGUCCUCCUCAUCCUCUUCUACGCCUGGUACAAGCGUUCGACGGAUAGGAUGACGGCGGCGGCUAGGCGGAAUGCAGAGAACAAGGCAGAGCAGCAACGCCAGCCUGCGAAGCAGUUCAAGCAGCUCGACGACCAGGAGAAACCUCGCGGCGCGGCCCCUCCAACGUCGCCCACCGCACGGGACCAGCAGGAGGUAGACGCGAACUUCUCCAUGUUCAAGAAGUCCCCCAGCGUCCGGUCAGCCUACACCACCAAGACCGGUACGGAGGAUUUGAACCACUUCGAUCUCCCUCAGCUCGAGUUCACAAAGUACCACCCGACCCUCGCGCAGGAGCUCUCGCUAGAGGCUCCCGAGAAACCCUUCGCCGUCGCCGGGCGCCAAAACAGUGGCGUCUCAUGGGACGGCGAGACGCUUGGUGAUGAUUCCUUCCUGUCCUUGCGUUCUGUUCGCGUGGAGUCUGGCACGAUGUCACCCACGAUGGUCAUGGCCAAGAUGACCCCGCCGGCCACCUCGUCCGCUCCCCACAAGUGGGAGUCCGCGGAGGUCCUGCAGGUGGAGGAGGACGCGUCCUCAUCUUCCCAGCCGAAGAACCCCUUCGCCGAGAUGGCGGAGGAGCAGCGGUCGAGGAGCAACAACCCCUUCUUCAAUGCUCAAGAUAUGCAGCGCACGAGUCGUGCCAUGCGCAGUCGCAGCAACAGCCGCACGAGUCGAGGCCAGAGCAUCGUCCGUCCCGACAGCCGUGCCACCGUCACCCAGCAUACGAAUCCAUUCCUCGAUCUACACGAAGCUGUCCCCGUCUCUGCAGUAGAGAUGCCCCAAAUGGACGCCUUAUCCCCGAGCGCCGGCUUCCAGACGAAGUCCGUUCCCAGCGGCGCGUCAGCGCAAGCGUUUGUCAACGAGCGUGCGAUGGAGUCUCUCAUCGCUGCUCUGGACCUCUCGAAGGAAGAGGUGGAGGCCCGCCUGCGCGUCGUCUCCAUGCAGGGCUCGACCUACUCCGCAUACUCGGAGAACGACGACUCGGACAUUGCGACCGUACGAGAGUUCCCCUUGCCCCCCGGGACGACCUCGCGCCCAUGAUGUCCCCCCGACCACUGCUCGUCGUUUUCCUCUGCGCGGGAGCCUGGGCCACCCGCGUGCCUGAGCUGAGCGCGUGCGCCGCCUUCCUUUCAUUGAUCCAUCCGUGCUUGACUGCAACGCCUUUCCCUUCGUGAUACACUCGAGUCUGGACUUACUCAUUGUCCCAUCCUUCCGCAACGACCCGUCCUAUCUACCCCUUGAUGUACGUGAUACGUGGGUCAGGAUCCGUCGACGCUCACCGCCCCGUUGGCCUGCGCUUGGAGACGGACACUGCAGUCUCAUCUUCCAAGUCGCGCCCCCCUCCCUCCAUGCUCGUCCCACGCGGGUCAUGUUGUACCUCCUACCCUCCCCCAGUCACCUCUUCCUUCCAGCCGGUCUCUUCCGCGCCCCUGCUCUGCCUAUCUGCCGUUCUUCGUUACCCACUGGAGGGUUCAUUUUUCUCACGUUCCCCUUCCCCCCUCCUAUGACCCCGAACCUUGAUUUAGGUUUGCCCUUAGUCCUUAGUGUACUAACUCACGUUGAUUUAU